UGUUUCAGGCUAAAUUAUCCAAUAUAGGUUAGAGAGGCGAAAUUGAAAAAUUAUUGAGAACCCAAAAUCUGAGCAGAGAAGAGGGAGCAAAAAAAAAAUGGGGGAUGGAAAGCAAGGAGUGAUGGUAGUGGAAAUGUCGAAGGGAUUGGUGAGUCCACAGAGUCAGAACCCAAUAACCCAAUUGCAAGCCAAGUUCAAGGAAUUGGAAAUUGGGUUCAGGGCGUGGUUGGCCAAGCAGUCUCUGCCCGUCGAGGCCGCCGUCGUCACCGCCACCAGCGCCGCCCAGGGCGCCGCCAUCGGUGCCUUCAUGGGUACCCUCACUGGCGACUCCGCCUCCCCCUUCCCCACUCCUCCUCCUCCUCAAGGCGCCUCACUCAGUCCCCAAGCCAUGGCUUCCUUCCAGCAAGCCCAGGCUCUUGCAGGGGGUCCAUUGGUACAAGCCCGCAACUUCGCUGUUAUGACAGGUGUUAAUGCUGGCUUAUCUUGUGUCAUGAAAAGAUUAAGAGGCAAGGAGGAUGUGCAGUCCAGUAUGGUGGCAGCUUUUGGUUCUGGAGCCAUGUUUUCACUAGUGAGUGGCAUGGGUGGACCAAAUCAGGCAGCCAAUGUUAUCACAUCUGGCCUUUUCUUUGCUCUUGUUCAAGGUGGACUUUUCCAGCUAGGGCAGAAGUUCUCUCAACCACCAGCCGAAGAUAUCUUUUAUAACAAAACACGAUGCAUGUUGACAAACCUGGGCCUCCAGAAUUAUGAGAAGAAUUUCAAGAGAGGCUUGUUAACUGACAGCACAUUGCCUUUGCUGACAGAUAGUGCUCUAAGAGAUGUCAAAAUCCCUCCUGGACCAAGGCUCCUCAUUCUUGAUCACAUUGAGAGGGACCCGGAGCUGAAAGGAGGAAGAGGGCGGCAUAGUUGAACUGCUGCCACUGGACUGGUCUGUUGCCCAAAAACGUUACACAUCUGUUCUUCAGGAAUAGUUUAUAUGCUUUCUGUACGUAGAGAUAACGGCAUUUUUUUGUCGGUUUAGCUUAUAUUCAAGUUGUUAUUGGGUUGCAUGGUGUUAGACCCUCUUGGUAGACAGUUUGCUAUAGCUUUAUAUCCUGCUUCUGAAUAGUUUGAAUUGCAAGAAAUGGACAAGUAUAGCAGAGGCACGUGAUCGUUGAAUGUUUUAA